AUAUGCCUGCGAGAAUUUUGAAACAGAAAGCAAAUAACUGACCGCCGAACGUACUCGUCGAAGAUAGUAACUUUCGUUCAAAAAGCGUGGGAGUAGCGGCGGACUUGCUUUCCGCCGUUCGAGGCUUGCCUUAGUUGGAACAGUGUAUUCGAUGUGCUCGUCGGUACUUGUCGUACGCGGUUCUUAUCGAUUCGAAAUGCGUGUAAAAAACGUUGGAUGCUCUCUUCUCUGGUGCUUAUUCCUCACAUACCACGUGGUCAGCGAGACUCCACCAUCAACGAACAUAGAUGAUGUUCUCGUAUACACUGUUGCUAGCAACAAGACAGAUGGCUACAAUAGAUAUCUCAGAUCUGUGGAUAUCUAUGGAUUUCGCGAUAACUUGAACGUGCUUGGUUUCGGAGAAUCUUGGCAGGGCGGUAACGUAAAAACUGGUCCUGGAGGAGGCUACAAAGUCAAUCUUUUGAAAAAAGCUCUGGAGGAAUAUCAAUUUGACAAAGAAAGAAUUGUGAUAUUCACAGACAGUUAUGACGUGAUAUUUCUAAGUGGAUUAGAAGAAAUUAUUGGCAAGUUCAAGAGUAUGGACGCAAGAAUUGUAUUCUCUGCCGAAGGAUCUUGUUGGCCAGAUAAAUCAUUGGCCUCCAAGUAUCCCAUCGCAACUCGCGGAAAGCGAUUCCUAAAUUCUGGAAGCUUUAUAGGCUACGCUUCGGACGUUUAUGCAAUGAUAACGUAUGCUCCGAUAAAAAAUGCGGAUGACGAUCAGUUAUUCUACACUAACGCAUACCUCAAUAAAAAAUUGAGAGAACAGCAUCAAAUAAAGUUGGACCAUAAAUCUGAAAUAUUCCAUAAUCUUUAUGCUGCUGUAGCCGAUGUGGAAUUGAAAUUUGAAGGAAGAAAAACUUCUCUUCAAAACACUGUUUACAAUACUCAACCUUUGGUACUUCAUGGAAACGGUAACAGCAAAUUAUCUUUGAAUUCUCUGAGCAAUUACUUGGCUCAAGCUUGGAAUACCGAAGAUGGAUGCUUAGAGUGUUGGGAGGGCACAAUAGAACUGAAUAAAACACAACCAGAAACAUAUCCCACUAUAUUAGUCGCCAUAUUCAUUGAACAACCUACUCCUUUCUUGGAGGAAUUCCUGACAAAAAUAUACAGGCAAAUUUAUCCAAAAUCAAAGUUGCAUCUGUUCCUUCAUAACACUGUGGAGUAUCAUGAGCCCAUAGUGGACAAAUUUAUGAAGAAAUUUGAGAGGGUAUAUAAUAGUAGCAAGCGGAUUCGUCCCAGCGAUGGUAUAAGCGAAGCUAAUGCCAGAAAUUUAUCCAUGGAUCAUUGCUUGUUGAACCGGUGUUCUGGAUACUUUUCGGUCGACUCCAUAUCCCAUCUGGAUAAUGAAUACACGCUGGAACUCUUGGUAGAGCAGCAACGAGGAAUUAUUGCACCGAUGCUGGUCAGACCAUAUAAGAUGUGGAGUAACUUUUGGGGCGCGAUAAUGGAUAACGGAUUUUACGCCCGGAGCUUCGAUUAUAUGGAGAUCGUGAAAAAUGAAUGGAGAGGGCUGUGGAACGUGCCCUUCAUCAGCAACUGCUAUCUAAUUAACGCCACUCUGAUAAGCAACAAAGAGACUCGUCCAUCCUAUGUGGAGUGGGAUUUAGACACGGAUAUGGCGUUUGCUCAUGCUAAUAGGGAACGAUCCAUUUUCAUGUAUGUUACCAACAGACUUGACUUUGGGCAUCUGGUCGAUCCGAAUAGCUACGAUACCGCUAUGACCAAUCCUGACUUGUACCAAAUUUUUGACAACAAAUUAGACUGGGAGGCAAAAUACAUACACGAAAAUUACUCCGAGAAUUUUAAUCCUAAACAAAUACCCAUACAGCCCUGCCCAGACGUGUACUGGUUUCCCUUAGUCAAUGAGCGGUUCACGAAGGAGUUGGUAGAAGUUAUGGAGGCGUUUGGAAAGUGGUCCGAUGGAACAAAUAAUGAUCCAAGAUUAACGGGUGGUUAUGAAAAUGUACCUACUCGUGAUAUUCAUAUGACUCAAGUGAACUAUGAAUCGCAAUGGCUAUAUUUCUUAAAGGAGUACGUUAGACCUCUGCAGGAACUUGUGUUCACCGGAUAUUACCACGACCCGCCACACGCCCUGAUGAAUUUCGUCGUGAGGUAUCACCCGGAUGAGCAGCCAUUGUUAAAACCACACCAUGAUAGUUCAACUUAUACUGUCAAUAUCGCUCUGAAUAGAGCGGGAAUAGAUUACGAGGGUGGAGGUUGUAGGUUCAUCCGAUACAACUGUUCCGUGACCGAUGCGAAGCCGGGUUGGAUGUUGAUGCAUCCUGGAAGACUAACACACUACCAUGAAGGACUCAGAGUUACUAGUGGUACUCGUUACAUAAUGAUUUCAUUCGUCGACCCUUGAUCGGUUCGACGAGUCAUAUGAAAUCCUUAACAGUAAUUAAACUAAAUAUGUAUUACCAGUAAAAAAAAAAACGUGUAGAUACUAUAUAAAUGUGUCUUCGUACACGAUCACCUGUCACAUAGCAAUGUUAGUUGCAAGCUUAAUAUCGAAGUGUGUGGCGGUAUACCUAUUUACGAGAAAAACGUGUACCCUUUGUUAAUGUUAUUUUUCUAAUAUGGGUAUAGGGACGCGAAUACAGAUAGUAAUCCGUUAAGUGUUUGUACGAAAAUAAAAUAUUAAGUUACAUUUAUAUUUAUAUCGCUUUGAUAA